UGCUGCUGCCGCCGCUCGGCUCCGUUCCAGGAGUGUGGAGCUUUAGUGAACUGUUUUUCAUGAGAGAACCACAGGAUGUGACUGUCACAAGGAAAGACUCGGUCCUUUUAGAUUGCCAGGCUCAUGGAGAAGGUCCCAUUAAGGUCACGUGGUUAAAAAAUGGAGCAAAAUUGUCCGAAAAUAAACGGAUCCAGGUUCUCUCUAAUGGCUCUUUAUACGUGAGUGAGGUGGAAGGCAGGCGAGGAGAGCAGUCGGAUGAAGGAUUUUAUCAGUGCUUGGCAGUCAACAAAUACGGAGCCAUUCUUAGUCAGAAAGCUCAUCUGACAUUGUCAACUAUUUCUGCGUUCGAAGUCCAUCCAGUUUCUACUGAAGUCCAGGAAGGGGGCGUUGCUAGAUUUUCUUGCAAGAUUUCAUCAAACCCCCCUGCAGUCAUAACAUGGGAGUUUAAUAGGACAACCCUGCCUAUAACCAUGGACAGGGUGACUGCCCUGCCAUCCGGAGUACUGCAGAUCUACGAUGCGGGCCCAGAGGAUGCUGGGAAUUACCGCUGUGUUGCGGCGACUGUAGCUCAUAAGCGUAAAAGCAUGGAGGCCUCUCUCACCAUAAUUCCGGCUAACGAGUCCAGACCCUUCUACAUGCCGACCAUUAUAGCCGGUCCACAGAAUGUAACUGUGUCUCUGCAUCAGACCGUCGUUCUAGAAUGCAUGGCCACAGGAUAUCCGAAACCCAUCAUUUCCUGGAGCCGUCUUGAUCACAAAUCCAUUGAUGUCUUUAACACUCGGGUACUUGGAAAUGGCAAUCUCAUAAUAUCAGAUGUCAAGCUACAGCACACUGGAGUGUAUGUUUGUCGGGCCACCACCCCUGGCACUCGCAACUUCACGGUUGCCAUGGCAACUUUGACCGUAUUAGCUCCUCCUUCAUUUGUCGAAUGGCCUGAAAGUUUAACAAGACCACGAGCUGGCACUGCACGGUUUGUGUGUCAGGCGGAGGGAAUUCCCUCACCCAAAAUGUCCUGGUUGAAAAAUGGGAGGAGGAUACAUUCAAACGGCAGGAUAAAAAUGUACAACAGCAAAUUGGUAAUUAACCAGAUUAUCCCUGAAGAUGAUGCUUUUUAUCAGUGCAUGGCCGAAAACAGCCAAGGCUCUGCUCUGUCUCGAGCCAGACUGACCGUGGUCAUGUCGGAAGACAGACCCAGCGCUCCAUACAACGUUCAUGCUGAAACCAUGUCGAGCUCCGCCAUCCUUCUCGCUUGGGAGCGGCCACUGUACAACUCAGACAAGGUCAUCGCCUACUCUGUGCACUACAUGAGAGCAGAAGGCUUAAAUAAUGAGGAGUAUCAGGUGGUCCUUGGAAACGACACAACUCAUUACAUCAUCGAUGACUUAGAACCGGCCAGCAACUACACUUUCUACAUCGUGGCGUACAUGCCCAUGGGAGCCAGCCAGAUGUCGGACCACGUGACCCAGAACACGCUAGAGGAUGUGCCCCUGAGACCUCCCGAAAUCAGCUUGACGAGCCGAAGUCCCACCGACAUUCUCGUCUCCUGGCUGCCCAUCCCGGCCAAGUACCGGCGGGGCCAAGUGGUGCUGUAUCGGCUGUCCUUCCGCCUGAGCACUGAGAAUUCCAUCCAGGUUGUGGAGCUCCCGGGGACUGUGCACGAGCACCUCCUGGAAGGCCUGAAGCCUGAUAGUGUCUAUCUGGUCCGGAUGACUGCUGCCACCCGAGUGGGGCUGGGAGAGUCAUCGGUGUGGACCUCACACAGGACGCCCAAAGUCACGAGCGUGAAAGCCCCUAAGUCUCCCGAACUGCAUUUGGAACCCCUGAACUGUACGACCAUCUCCGUGAGGUGGCUGCAAGACACCGAGGACCCAGCCGCCAUUCAGGGCUACAAGCUGUUUUAUAAAGAGGAGGGGCAGCAGGAGAAUGGACCUAUUUUCCUAGACCCCGGGGACCUGCUGUAUACGCUGAGUGGCUUGGACCCCAGAAGAAAAUACCACGUGAGGCUGCUGGCGUACAACCACAUGGAAGACGGCUACCAGGCUGACCAAACCGUCAGUACUCCGGGAUGCGUGUCUGUUCGCGAUCGCAUGGUCCCUCCGCCACCGCCGCCCCACCAUCUCUAUGCGAAGGCUAACACCUCCUCUUCCAUCUUCCUGCACUGGAGGAGGCCUGCAUUUACCACGGCCCAAGUCAUUAACUACACCAUCCGCUGUAACCCUGUCGGCCUGCAGAACGCCUCUCUGGUUCUCUACCUGCAAACGUCGGAGACCCACAUGUUGGUUCAAGGACUAGAACCAAACACCAAGUAUGAAUUUGCCGUCCGGCUGCAUGUGGAUCAGCUCUCCAGUCCCUGGAGCCCCGUGGUCUACCAUUCCACACUCCCAGAAGCACCCACAGGCCCCCCGGUGGGCGUGAAGGUGACCCUGAUCGAGGACGACACUGCCCUUGUUUCCUGGAAACCCCCAGACGGCCCAGAGACAGUUGUGACCCGCUACACCAUCUUAUACGCUUCCAGGAAGGCCUGGAUUGCGGGCGAGUGGCAGGUCCUCCACCGAGAAGGGGCAAUCACCAUGGCUCUCCUGGAAAACCUGGUGGCGGGGAACGUGUACAUCGUCAAGAUAUCUGCAUCCAACGAGGUGGGAGAAGGGCCCUUUUCCAAUUCCGUGGAGCUGGUUGUCCUGCCCAAGGACACUUCGGAGUCAAAUCAGAGACCCAAGCGUUUGGAUUCUUCUGAUGCCAAAGUUUAUUCAGGCUAUUACCAUCUGGACCAGAAGUCAAUGACCGGUAUCGCCGUAGGCGUUGGCAUAGCCUUGACGUGCAUCCUCAUCUGUGUUCUCAUCUUGAUAUACCGAGGCAAAGCCAGGAAGUCAUCUGCCUCCAAGACGGCACCGAACGGAACCCAGCCGUUAUCCCGAGCCAGUGCUUCUGUGGCCGUGGGGAGUGACAUGGGGAAGAACCUGGAGAGGGCGACAGAGAAUGAAGAGUCCUUGGUACCCAUGAUGCCCAGCAGCUUCAUCGAUGCGAAGGGAGGGACUGAUCUGAUCAUCAAUAGCUAUGGCCCUAUAAUUAAAAACAACACCAAGAAAAAGUGGCUUUUUUUCCAAGACACCAAGAAGAUGAAAGUUGAACAGACUCAAAGAAGAUUUGCUCAGCCCGUCUGCUUUUACCAGCCAGGCACCACCGUGCUCAUCAGCGAUGAGGACUCCCCCAGCCCCCCAGGCCAGACCGCCAGCUUCCCAAGACCCUUUGGGGCUACCCUUGACACUGAGCAUUCAGCAAACAGUGAAGGCAGCCACGAGACGGGGGAUUCUGGAAGGUUCUCCCACGAGUCCAAUGAUGAGAUACACCUGUCCUCGGUCAUCAGCGGCACACCCCCCACCUCGAAUCCCCUCGCCGCCGCCGCCGCCGGUGGUGGUGAUGCUGAUGGAGAUGAUGGUGUGCUCAAGAGGCACGGAGACCCUGCGGGGCCCUCGCCAGAUGAGCAGACGUCCUCCUCAGCCCCAGAGGCACCGUCUGCGGGGCUGCGCUGUGCGGCCGAGGGGUUUCCCAUCUAGACAGCCAUGCUCAGGGAUUCACAAGCAUCUGUUCGAAGGACAAUGAACGGGGAGCCAAAGCCUGUGAAAAUCUUGAUGUCUUAACUGUUUAUUGGUUUUUGUUUUUUUUUUUAAUCUUUAAAAAAAAAUUUUUUUUUUUAAUUAUUUUUAAGCGCACGAAUUUUGAAUGUUUCAACUGUCAACAAUGUGAAAAAGGGCAGUCAGGAUGCUUGACUGUGUUCUAAGAUACAUCACUGGAGCGGAGGGGAGACUGCCCGAGCCCUCUGCCGAAUAGCUACCUCAGUUUGCUGUGGGCGGACUCUGAAGAGCUCUGAGCCUCCUUCAGUGCUGGUUUCUCCGGGCGGCAGAGCCAGCAGGACUUCCUGGUGACGCCGCCGUGUGUCCAUUGUGUGUGUGAUGUGUGUGCCUGAGGAGCCCGAUGGGUAGAUGAGGAAGAUGGUUGAUCUGAAGCUCUGUUUUUUUUUUUUUUUUUUCCCCCAACUGUGACAUCUGCGUGAUUUGGAUAAUGUUAAGACCUCUGGCUGUGAGGAGAAAAUACGGGACUAUAUUUAUUUGAAUGGAUGAAACAAAUAGGUCUCUUUGGAGAAAGAGAACCAUUCCAUAGCAUAUAGGGGAACACAGCCUUGCCAGGCUCUUGGGAUUGGCGCACCAGGGCAGGAGUACUGUGCCCCAGCCCAAACCGGCCUGCCUUCAGCCUACAAAAGCCACCUCCGCGUGGCCCCACAGUCCGCCAAGGGCUGCGCUGUCUCUUUGGUGGAACAUCUUCAGAGUUUCCGAGCUAGCUGCGAAACACAAUGUAGAAAAGUGGAUUUUUUUUUUUUUUUAAAUGGUUCAGAUUUUAAAAUCCCAGUUUGGCUUCAAAUGGUGAAGACGUGUCAUGAAGUCUCAAGAACGAAGAUCCACGAAGCGGUAGACUAUAAGAUGAACUUGCGGGUUUCAUAACAGCAGUGCCUUCCAGUAUAUAUUGUGAAAAUUUUUGCCUUAUACCUUUUUAAUAUUCAUGAAGAUGUUUAGGAAAAAGGGUACCAAAAAUUUGCCUUAACAAAGCUUGGGUCUUACCGAUAGAUAGCUCUUUUGCUACCUGGCACCUUGUUGGUGAUGUUCUCUUUUCGAAGCGCGCAGGAUUGCCCUGGGGACGGUGUACCCCACCACCCCAGUGGCUGAGCUUACUGUGGCUUCCUGUCCCACUAACUCCGGGAGUGAGUUCAUCCUCUGCCUGGUUUGAAAUCAGCAAGUUGUCGACUCAGCCCCUUAGAGCAGGGCCUUUUCAGUCCCGAGGCAACAGCCUGGGGGCCGAGUGGCAUGGGAGAGACAGAAAAUGAGAGCCGAGGAAGAGGCCCGUCCUCAGCCUUUCAAAACCGUGGGUUUGGCCCUCCCCCCAGUUUUUUUGGAAAUGGCUUUUGAGUUGCCCUCUGUGGGUUUUUCCCUUGAAACCUCCCCUCUGUAGAUGGGACAGGUCCUGCCCAAUGGGGUCCUAAAGUCAAGGGAGCGGCUGGAUAAUCAUCCUGGGGUCUUCUGUCUGGAUGACCCUGCCACGCUUUUUCCAUUGUGAUUCUAAGUUUUGUGCCAAAUUGGACGCGCUUAGAACCUGACCCACAGGACGUGCCAGCUGCCGCUUCUGAGCACAGUUCUGUCUCUCUCCUUGUGUGGUGGGCUUUUUGGCAACUUGGGGGGAAAGAAAGAAAGAAAAAGAAAAGAAAAAACAGAGCUUUAGGUGAACAAUGGGAGGCAAGAAAACCGGCUUCCCCUGCCUGCGUGCUCCUGUUUAUACUACCUCCUCUUAAAAGUUAUUCGAGUGUUAUUGUUCUUUCCUGUACUCAGGGAAUUUUUCUGUUGUUGUUUUUUUGUUUUGUUUUGUUUUGUUGUUGUUUGUUUUGUUUCUCUUGAGCUCAUGACGCAUGGGCGGGUGCAUUGACAGGGUAUGGUGUUGUUUGGUUCAGUAGAAGUCUGUGGGCCAACUUCUAUCAGUAUCUGAAACGGAGAGGUCCAAGGGGAUCGGCUGUUCUCAAUCUUCAAAAGCAAACAGAACAGAAAGGUGAGACUUCAGGCUUAGGGCCACACACACGUGAACUGUGUGUUCCCUGCCUGGGUCGUCCAAAAGGGUGUGAGGGGACACUGUCCCUAAGAAAGUGCUGUUUGUUGAUGAAUAGGCCCUUAGUUACAGUAGACCUUUAGCUUAUAAGUAUUUGCUAGUUCAUUAUUUUAACCUCCCAUUCUAUUCUUAUGCAGUCAUAAUUCAUAAUUCUCUUACCAAAGAAUUUCUAGUAGAAAAUGAAAUGUCUAUUAUAAUUACCCUAAAUUGAGUUCACUAAUAACAGCUAUGAAUAGACUCAAUUACAAGUAAUUUCUAACCCUAAACUGUAGGGUUAAUAUUGAUAGUUACAGUUAAUUAAUUAGACUAGUGACAUUAACUACCUUGCUGUCACCAGAAUGUUUAAAAUACGUUAUAAUUUCCUCACCAGCAGAUGUUACAAAGUAUUUCAACUGUAGGGCUUUUUUUUUUCUUCAGCAAGUAAAAAAAUCUUUAACUCUAUAGUAUUAAUGUAUUUCAAAUUUUUGAAAUUACUUGUUGGAGAGGAAAAAAAACAAAUCUUAUCACUAAAAAUAAAUAUUUUGAUCUCAUGGAAUAAGAUAUUUAAUGUUCAACAGAGGCUCUCAGCUUGGCGAAAGCAAGCUUCUUUGAAGUCUGAAGUAUGAAAUUCUAACUAAAGUGUGAAGGUUAUCAUUUCUUUCUCACGGUAUUAUUUCUUCAUCAUAUUUCAACUCCAAAUAAGCUGAUAUGCAAAUUGGUAACUGUUUCAUUUUCCAAAGACAUACUUGUUAGAAGUACUGAUAACCUGGCUGUCAUUUUUAAUGUCAAAUAUUACAAUAUACUGCUCAUCAUUAUUUUCAUACCAAAGACCAUUAAAAUAUAUAAUUUAGCCUGUAAGUAAAGAUGAGCAGAUUUAAAAUAAAUUUAUUUAGAAGAAGCAGAUAGGAUAUCUAGCCUUAGUGGCAAAAAGAAAAGACCGAAAGGCUAAGUUUACAUAGUUAAAGGCAAUACAGUUAGAGUGGUAUUUAUCAGUGUUUUUAUUCGAGUACUUUAUAUCAGCAAAUUAAAAAGAAAUUAAAAGCCAAAGAUAUUUAAGGUUACCUCCGAAUAUAGGGAAAUUUAGCUGUACAUUGAACUGUUGUUUGUUGUUUUUAUGUUAAUGAAACGUCUCUCCAGAACCUCACCUCUGUGUCCACAGGGCAUCCCAAGGAUUUUCAGUGAAAUCUGCUGGUUCAACCACAGGGAUAUUUUUGCUAAAUGAUGUGAUACUUCCAUAAGGCGCCGUGAGUGUGAUGGGUCAACAGAUACAAUAGCAUCAGGCUCCUCCGUUACUGGGUACUAUGGGAACCCCUAAAUCUGCCUGUAUAGUGUGCAUUCCUGUGUAAAGUCAUUCUCUGGUUAUUCAGGAAGCUUGAGGAAGGCAAUGAAACAAGCCACUGUUUGGGUGGGCAGUGCUCUGAGUUAAAAUGUGGUCCCUAAACUGUAAGGUUUUCAUUACAUCAGAGAAGCUGGGCUUUCCAUCUCAAAUGGAAACCUGGGUUUGAGAAGAAGGGCUUUUUUUACAGAGCCUGGAGAUUUUAAAAAAAGACAGAUUUAUCCAUUAAAUGAUUUUUUUGGAAAGUAGCAAGGGAAUUAGAUGCUGCUGACAUGCUACAGGCUUUCUUACCAUUACCUCAAACAUAAGCACACCAGCAAUGUGGCAGUGACUGGGGUGAGAUCACGUCUGUGCUUUCUGGAGGGCUUCUGCAAAAAAAUUAAAAAGGCUCCGACGACGACUCAGGAGCACUGUUCAAGACCUCAGUAAGACACCGUUGGAAGCAGUUCUUCAUGUCAUCAAAAGCUGACAUGGUACACUCCUUUAAUCAACAGUCAGGAAGGAUAGGCAGAUCGCGGUGAGUUCCAGGCCUGCCUGCUCUAUAUAGCAAAAUAAGGAGGGGUUGUUAUUUUAGGAAAUGUUACCAUACAUGGGUGGGUCAGGGACUGUUGUGAUUCAUGAUUCGCUUCUGUACAUUUGCACAUCAUCAGAUGUCCAUUUUGCAUGCCAGAUGUGGAAAAAAAAAGUUGGAACUGUAUUGUAAAGAGCUGUCACUAUUUUGGGGGCCAACCAUGUGUUUUGCAGAUUUUUCUGCCUGAAAAUGUACUGCGUGUGUCUCUGAUAACAUUGCUUUGGUAGAAGUCAAAAAUCACUCCCGUGAUCUGUGCGCACAGAGCAGUGGGUUCUGGAGACUGCCGUGCCCAGCCGCUCCUCCGAUUGUGAGUUUUAGUGAUGUGUCGAUGUCGAAGGCAGCCAACCGUAGGGUCUGUGCUGGGUUGUUUAUGCUCAGGAUAUAGGUUCACAGGCUAAUGUAAUGUGUGUGUUGCAGGCUUUCCUAGCAGGCAGGUACCAUGUUGAUUUUCUUGCAAUUACCUCUAACAAACUAUCCCUAAUUUGGUGUCUGUAAACAGCAACAUGUAACUAUUUUAGAAUUCUGUAGGUCCAAACUCUUUUUUUUUUUUUUUUCUUUUUGAGGAAAUUUUUUUUGCCUGGAAAUUCUGCCAUCCUGGAACUUGCUGUGUAAACCCAGCUGACUUUGAACUGGUGGCAAUCCCCCUGCCGCACACUCCUGAGAUGAAAGGUGUGGGCCACCACCCCAGCUCUAGGAUAAAGUGAAGUUGCUGAUGAGGCUGCAUCCCUCUGAGGUCCAGGGAAGAAGCUGUUCCCUUACCUUCUUCAGUCUCUAAAGGCUGUGAACCCCCUUUUCUUCAGAACCAGCAACAUAGCCCCUCUUCUCCCCUUUUUCCGACCCCCAAAAAGAAAGGUUCUUCAGUUCUAAGUAUUCAUUUGGUUAGACUGUUUUGGCCUUCACCAUCCAAGAUGAUGUCCUUGACAACCAUGUCUGCCAAGUUUCUUUCGUCAUGUAUUGUAAGAUUCUCACAGGUUCUGGAGAUUUCUCUGUAGACUUCUGUGGAAUUCAUCUCAGUAGCAUGGUACUAGGUCUUCUAGAGAUAGCAAAUCUCAUGUUCCCUUGCCGCUGGGAGACCUUUAAAAUUCCAAAGACUGGAAAAAAAUAGACCCUGUAGUUUGUUGAAAGCACGUUAAAAUCUGUCUCCAAAACCCUUCAAAAACAAUUCAACUUGAAGCAUUUUUGGAAGUGAGCUUCAUGCACUUACUAACUCCUGUCUUUUUUUCCGGGGGUGGAGGGUUGUUGAGACAGGGUUUCUUAGUGUAGCCCUGACCAUCCUGGAACUCAGUCUGUAGACCAGGCUGGCCUUAACGCAGAGAUCCACCUGCCGUUGCCUCCCAAGUGCUGGGAUUUAAGGCGUGCGCCACCACUGCCUGGCUCCUAACUCCAGGCUUCUCUAUGUUUUCAAAGGGAAAGUAUCUUAAAUGUUUGCCUCCAACUGUGUUGGACCUCAUCAGAAAGUUUUGAAAACCAUUUUUCUCUCCUCGUUGAUCAUGCUGCUGGAGAAGGGUUGAGGGAAGGGUCUCCACACAUGAGGGAUCCUGGAUAGAUGAACAAGACCGAGCAGACUCAUCCUUAGUUUUCUUUCCAAAGCACAUUGGCAUAUACAGCCUUGCCGCCUGGUUUCUGCCUUCACUUAAGCAGUGAUGGAUAUGCAGCCUUCUGAUUGGACAACUCGGAAGCUUCCCGUCGACCUUGCCUCUCUUCAUCAGCCUGGGUAUCUCCUAGAAUACUCCAACCUUUUUGCCUGCUUCAUCUUCUAAUUCUUUUCCUCGAUGGUUUAGACCCCAAAGCUCUAGUUUGUUCUGAUUUCUGGAUCAAGACUGGCCUUGUUUCAAUUUUGAAGAACGACUUCUAAUUCCACCCUAACGUUCAGCAUUUCUUCAGCAGAGGGAAAGCAGUUUCCGAUCAUAGGAUGAUAGCCAGGGUGAGAUGUGGAAUAUGGGGAAGUUAACUGUCCUUGAACUCAGCCUCUGAGUGUGAGAUUAAAGGGGUUACAUCCCCCUGCCCCCAGCCUCAUCUUUCAUUUUUAACAUAGGAACUCUUUUCUUGCGUCGGCCAGCUUCGCUCCUUCGAUUAUCUGCAAGGUUAUACAGAUUCCCUUAUGUUUCUAUCUCAGCCAUAUUUUAUAAUUGAGAAACACAUCUUGACUUAAACCUUUAGAAAGAGUGUUAAUUACUUUUCCUAUUGAACUCCCUUCAAAAACCAAAAGCCACUCUUGGUUGCCCGGUGUUACAGAGUUUCUUAUUUGCCACAUUCUACAUCCUCCAUUCCAUUCCCAAACUAAAACCCUUUCCUGGUGGGAAGCCUGAACACAGACAUUGCCUUAGCCACUUGGUAGAGUUUAGGACAGGUAUUAAGAAAAUCUGUCUGUCUGUUACUGUCGUUGGACAAAAGUUUAUGUCUGUAUGUGUAGGAAUUUUUUUUUCUAUUUCAAAGAUGUGAAUUUAAUGAAGUGUGGGAGCCAGUUAAGUUAUUUUAUGUCGUGGGUGUUCUGGGUCCUGCCACUCUCUGCUUCCUUAUAAGGGCAGCAUUUGCUGGCUUCCUCGUGGACUGUGGAGCUGAGUACAUUCGAUUUCUACUUGACUCAGGGGACCAGCUCUGCAGACUCCAUCGUAUGAAGAAAGUGAAUGUCUGCCUUGAUUUUUGAAUGUACUUCUUAAGAUGUCUUCUUAAAACAUAUUUUUUUGUUUAAUGAUGUGGGUUUGUUUUCUUUUCCUAGCAUGAUAGCAAAUAUUUCUUAGUAUCCCUACCCCACCCCGGGUAGUUUAUAUUCUACCCCACAGGUCAUGCCAAAAAAUGAAUAAAAGUUUAAAUGCCAAAAUGUUUAUGAAAACUGCUGUCUACAUACUGAUUGAUUGCACAGUUUAAAUAAAAAUUUUCCUUGGUUAAAAAAAAAAA